GUCCUCGAAUAAACAAAAACAAAGAAAUAUUAGUACAACUAGUAUUUUUCUCACAGUUUUCUACAAGAAUAAUGUAAUUAACGAUCAUUCUUGCAUAGAAAGAACUUAAUGAUGUAACAGUAGAUGAUAAGAAAGAUUUAAAUUAUGAGACGAUCACACAGUACAUGUAAAGAGUGAUGUCAGUAGUGACGCUGCAAGUGGGUCAGUGUGGGAACCAGGUAGGAGGACAACUGUUUGCCGGCCUCAUUGAUGACAUAUAUACCAAACUUUCUCAGGUCAAUGUUUCAACACAGGUUAAUAAUGAUUAUAUAGAGGAAGUGAAACAGAGGUUCUUUAACUGCCCUGACAAGCCAGGCAGUGUACCAGAGGCUAGAGCUGUCAUGGUUGAUAUGGAACCAAAGGCAAUUGCCCAGACAUGUCAGGAAGCAAAGAAGUCUGGGAAAUGGAAGUACCCAGAUAAACAACAGUUUUAUCAGAAGAGGGGUUCCGGCAAUAACUGGGCACAUGGUUACAGGAUUCAUGGUCCAGCAGCAGAGGAAAGGAUUAUGGGAAUGAUUCAGACAGAGGCUGAGAAAUGUGACAAUUUGAACGGGUUUAUGACAUUCAUGAGUCUAGCCGGGGGCACAGGGUCUGGUGUAGGUGCCUAUAUUACACAGUGUGUGAAAGAUGAAUUUCCACAUGCAUUCUUAUUAAACCAGGUAGUAUGGCCAUAUUCUAUGGGAGAAGUGAUAGUUCAGAAUUACAAUGCAGUGUUAACAUUGUCCCACCUAUACCAGUGUUCCGAUGCUGUAUUACUUAUGGAAAAUGACCAGUUACAUAAGAUAUGUACACAACUUUUAAAUAUCAAGAAGAUUGGUUUUCGGGACAUAAACAAAGUGAUUUGUCACAAACUGAUGGGUAUUUUAUUACCAGCCAUCACAGAGAAAUACACUGGCUAUGUAACAUCUAAUAAUUUAGGUGAAAUGUUGGAACAUCUGGUUCCCUGCCCAGAUUACAAGUUGCUGACUGUGAAAAACAUACCUCAGAUGUCAGAUAUAUCCAAGGAUUUUAGCAGCUAUCAGUGGCAUGGUUUACUGAAACAUCUUAGACAGAUGUUGAUAGCAAACGCUGCAAUGGAAGAAGGUAUUGAUUGGCAGGUUAAGCUGGAGGAAAGUCGCAGGUCUUUGGCUAACACAUUGAUUCUUAGAGGGAAGGAUUUGGAUGAUGUUGACAUGUCGGCUUUCUCUGAUCCUCGACUUUACCCACCUUGGGUACCAGCAGAUGGCAUGUUAUCUGUGUAUAAACAGCAGAGAACUUUCAACAAAUAUGAAAAAUGUGCUACACUUGUUACUAAUAAUAAAUUCCCAGUCGCUUCAUUAAAUUCUGUGAUAGACAAAGCUUGGAAUAUGUUUUCAUCAAGAGCUUACACACAUCAGUAUGUGAAACACGGGUUGACAGAGGAGGAUUUUGUUGAUAGCUUUGUAAUGUUAGAACAAGUUGUAGCCAGCUAUAAUAACUUGUGAUAAGAUCUUUUGGUGCAGUUUCUUGUUGCAACCAUUCGACAGAUUGUAAACUUGAUCAAUUUGUGAUGCAACAAGUUUUGUGAUAUUGGAACCAAUUCAUUUGGAACCAGUUAUAGUAAACUGUGAUAAAUGGGAAAGGAAUAGAUAUCUACAAACAUUUAAAGUGAUCGUCCGGUGCUUUUAUUCAUAUAUUAAAAUAUUUUCACAAUCCUAUGAGAAAAUUAAAGCAGUAUCUUCACUUUGUAAUAAAACACUGUCUUUGUA